AUGAGUCGUAUUUCCGAUGUGAUCAAAAAGGACCAGCAGGAGAUGCGAAACAAUUACCAGCACAUCAUUGAAGCGCAGGACAAUGAAACCAAGGAGCGCUGGGGAAACCAGUUCGUUUGGGAACUAGCCCGUUAUACAGUGGCGGAAGAGCUCAUUGUAUACCCGGCCCUUGAAUCCCAUAUGGAUCACGGCAAGAUCAUAGCGGACAAAGAUCGCAAUGAAAACAGACAGAUCAAGGAGAUGCUGGCCCAAUUCCAGGAAAUGUCUCCAAGUGAUCCACGAUAUAGACCAACGUUGGACUCCAUUAUGACAAAGCUCAACAAACAUAUCGACGAGGAGCAGGAAGAAGAUCUUCCGUCCCUCGAGUCCGUUCUAGACCCUCCUGAGUCUCAACAGAUCUCGAGGAGAUUCGAGCGUACUAAGAUCUUGAUGCCAACUCGGGCACACCCGAACGCACCAACUCAGCCGUACUUUGAGACUGCAGCGGCCUUCAUGCAGGCACCAAUGGAUCGCAUUGCCGACAUCAUGUGGAGAGAAUUCCCCGAGUACUAG